GAGUGCCUCAGUGCGUGGCGUGAGCCCGGAGUGAGCAGACGUGUCGCUCCCCGCCGCUCGUUCCUCUUCACCCCCUUUUCUUCACCUUCAAAACCUUUGCAGUGGGUCCCCUGGGUGUUUCUGAUCCCCGGGGCUGCUGGGACCAGGGGAGGGGGCGGCUUCACCUGGUAACGUGGCUACUGGAGAACAGGUAAAGGAAGGCUCGACAGGUGUUCUCAGGUGCUCAGGUGGUAAGCAGUCUGUAUCCACCGUGGAACAGACACUUGAGAGGCAGCCUGCUUGUGCCCUCACUCACUAAGUCACUGCAGAUCAGGCCAAGGUAGCGCUGGGGGGGUUUGAUCUUGCACCUGAGUCCCUCCUCCCCAUGACCUUGACCUGACUCAGCAUGACCUAGUUUGCUGUGCACUCGUCAGGUACCCCAUCAAUAAGUCAUCACGGGUGCAGGGACUGACUUGACGCCUGAGUCUGCACCUCCAGUAUUCACCUCAACCUGGAAGGAAAGAAGAAAACGAGAAUCUUAAAAAUGUGACCUCCUUACUAAAAUGUUAUAAAUGUGAUCUCUUAAGUGCAUUCCUGGCCUCGAUUCGUGAAGGUCUGAGGGAGGAGAAGGAGGAGGAGCAGCAGCAGAAGAACUGAAGGACCUCGGAACACUACCCUUGGGAACGCCCUUUUCGCGACGCACCGCCUGGGACGCAGAGACUUGGUACUGUCGUGUUGUUUAGCUUGAUCUUGUGGUUGGACAUGUAAACUUUGGGGAUCGGAAGACUGCGAAACGGACAAAAAGAAAAUAAUACCGGCCUUAAAAAACCAAAAGACCCCAAAGAGCGUGUGGUGCUGCGUUCUCUAGUGAGUGACCUUGAGACUCAAUAAUUCAUAUGCAGAAACUGAUAAGCGACUAUGAUAUGUGAACUUUGAGGUUAAACAUUAAUAGUACACAUGAGCUUGUCGCAGAAAACAAGCAUAAUUAAUUUCAUUCAGAAAAGGAAAUCCUAGAAUGAUAAUUGGAAGAAAAAAAUCUGUAAUGGCUGCUUGUUCCCGCUGAAAGACUUCAAAUUAACGUCAUUCCAACAAAAAACUGACAAAAAACUAAGACAUUCCAACUGAAAACAUCAGGAGAGGACUUAAUUCAUAACACUGAGGCUAAGCAGCUUGCAUUUAGACGCCGAAGAAAGGAACGCACCCAAAGUAGCGCAGUCCAUCACUAUUAUCGUCUGGAAGUCACAAGGCACAUCAAGGGCACCAGGAUAAUAGGAGCGUUCCCCUUUGCCUCCCACAACUCACGCUCCUCCGUCACUUGCGAACCCGCUGACCCACUGGCCGGCUUAGAUAAAGAUCACGUUGAGCUGGGGAAGGCGUGUGAUGGCGGGAUCGGCACGCGUGCGGCGGCCAGGCUGGCGGCGGCGGCGGCCGGCGGUGUCCGGGUAGCGGUGGCUGCCGCCGGGAUGCGCCGCAGCCGCAGCUUCUGCAUGAAGGGAGAGCAGCAGGAGCAGCAGCAGCAUAACCAGCCGUGCCAGUCGCUUGCCUGCGGAGGCGCGUCUUAUUGUGACCAGGACCGCCCCGCCCCGCACACCUCCCGUUACAACGUGGAAGUGUGCGGCGCCACGCCCUCUAGGUCGGCCUACGGACGCGCCGUGACCCCCUGGAGCGACGGGCGCGGGCGCGGGGCGGGGUCAUCCCAGAGCGUAUCGGUGACCUUGUGCAGCGGCACCGCGGAGACCGGCCUGGGGCCUCUCGACCCCCUGCUGCCCUCUCUCCCGCCGGACCUGGAGGAACACCUCAGGACCUGCCGCUGCACCUGCAACCACAUGGGCUUCGGGAACGUGCGGACCAGGAGCGCAUCGCACCACUCCUCGACGCUGCCGCUGCCCAACGGCUCGGCCAAAAGGAACAGGGACGCCGGCCACUGCGGCACCACGCCGCGGGUGUCUGCUGACCGCACCAAGUCCUCGCACAACCUGGAAGGAAGCCUGAGGCGGACGUGUGGCAGCGGUGGCGCCGCCGCCUGUGUGAGUGACGGAUACGUUGUUGGCGGCAGCAGAGGGCGCUCCGGCAGCCUGGUGGGCGCGGCGGGCAGCGGGAGCCUGAGGGAGCCUGCCACUGCUGCCCAGGCACCAUGUGCCACACCGGGCAGCUGUAGGCGGGCGACAGCCAACCACCGCGGAGCCGCAGUGGUGACCACUGCGGGGCCGCCGCCGCGUUACCACGUCUCCGAGUACACCUUCGAGCAGGAACACCCGGACUCGCCCUUCACGGAGCAGAAGGAAUCUUCGCGCACCAAAAAGAUGAGGUGGGAGGCGUACUCGUGGCGUCACUGGUGCGUGCUGGCGGCGCUGCUGCUGCUGAGUGGCGGGGUGGUGCUGGCGGUGGCGCUGCCGCUGGCCACCCGCCGGGACGCCAACACACCCUCCGAUGACGCCCUCGCGCGGGUCCACGGCAUCCUCAGCACCGUGCCGCUCAUCGACGGACACAACGACCUGGCGUGGAACAUCCGCAACUUCGUGCACAACAAGCUGGAGAAGGUGGACAUGUCGCAGAACCUGAGCACGGUGGAGCCCUGGGGCGGCUCCCCCUGGUCCCACACCGACCUGGCUCGCCUCAGGCACGGCAGAGUGGGCGCCCAGUUCUGGGCGGCGUACGUGCCGUGCGGCGCGCAGUACCUCAACGCGGCGCAGGUCACGCUGGAGCAGAUCGACGUGCUGAAGAGACUCAUCGCGCGCUACCCGCAGCACCUCGGAUACGCCCACUCCCACGCCAGCCUACUGGAGGUGUACAACUCGGGGCGGGUGGCAAGCCUGCUGGGCGUGGAGGGCGGCCAUCUGGUGGGGGCGAGUCUCUCCGUGCUCAGGAUGUACUAUGACCUGGGCGUGCGCUACCUCACCCUCACCCACACCUGCAACACGCCCUGGGCCGACUCCUCACCGACGGACUCUGGAGGACACGAGGAGGAAAACUUUGGACUGAACGACUUUGGGGCGAAGGUGGUGCUGGAGAUGAACCGGCUGGGCAUGAUGGUGGACCUGUCCCACGUGUCCCAGCAGACGAUGCGCGACGCCCUGGCCGUGUCCCGCGCGCCCGUCAUCUUCUCCCACUCCUCCGCCCACGCCCUCUGCCGCCACCCGCGCAACGUGCCCGACGACAUCCUCCGACAAGUGCACUUAAAUGGCGGGAUCGUGAUGGUCAGUUUCUACAGUUACUUCCUCACCUGCAACGACACUGCCACCAUCCACGAUGUUGUCCGACACAUCACCCAUAUCCGGGAGGUGGCGGGGCUCGACCACGUGGGCGUUGGCGCAGACUUUGAUGGCAUUAACAAGACACCCGUAGGCCUGGAGGAUGUCAGUAAGUACCCGGUGCUGCUGGCGGCGGUGUUGCAGGAGCCAGGUUGGACGGAUGACGACGUGGCCAAGCUCGCGGGAGGGAACUUCCUGAGGGUAAUGCGACGAGCGGAGGAGGUGCGAGAUGAAAUGAGGUCAACCCUGCCGUACGAGGACCACAUCCACCCUGACCACCUGGCGGGGCGUCGCUCCUGUUGGUUCACGUGACGCCGCCCCCGCCCUAGGUCAUCCCCCGCCCUCCUGCUGCCGCUCCUCCUCCUCCUCCUCGCCCUCUGCUGCAUCUGCCUUUAUUACAUUCACUUUUACGUGCCCGGACGGAGCGAAGACAAGAAGAAGUGAAGAUUUAAACAGCCUUCUACUGCGCCUACGUCAGGAAAGAUCUACCCUACCUGCGUACAAAUUUCUAUAGGGUCCAAACAUCCGUCUUCGGUAAGGCAAGCGGACGGCGAUUUGAAGUGCUGCGGACGAGUGAGGCAGAGAUUGUAAAUGUAAAGGUGAAAGACUCAGAUGAUUGAGAGUGACAAAAAAGUAAUGGUGUGUGAGGCGGAAAACUUUAUAAUGACGAAAGUGAUAGUGAUAGAUGAAUAAGAGUAUGAAAAUAAUAGUGACUGAUAGUGUUGAAAAAAAAAAGUUGAACUUGAGUAAGGGAGAAAGAAUGACAGUAACAAAAGCAAUGGUAAUAAAAGACAAGUUAUUAGUGUGUGAAGGAGAGACAGAAUGAAAGUAACGAAAGACUAAUGUUGAGUGAGGCUAAGACAAUAACAUUUACAAAACUGACAAAACUGAUAGUAUUGGAAGAUUAAUAGAGAGAGAGAGAGAGAGAGAGAGAGAGAGAGAGAGAGAGAGAGAGAGAGACGAAAGUGAUGGAUGGUAUAAGAAGAGGUGAGCGUGAGUGAGGAAGAGAGAAUGAUAGUGACAAGAAAGAGAAGCAUUUGUUAAUCUAACGACCGACUGACUGCAGGAGUGUAAUGAGACCGACGAAAACUGAUGAAAAUGACGAUACUCAGUGACAUCUGGCGGAAAGUGAGUGAGAUCUGUGUCAGUCAUUAGCGAGAAAACCCAGCCGGAGUAUGAACAGUUAAGAGCGACGAGGAGAGAGAGAGAGAGAGAGAGAGAGAGAGAGAGAGAGAGAGAGAGAGAGAGAGAGAGAGAGAGAGAGAGAGAGAGAGAGAAUUCAAGGCUCAGGGUUCGAUUCCCGGCCUUUGUGACAUUCCAGCGCGAUGAGAACAAAGUGGGAAUGAACCUUGAAAAGUGAAAACAGGCGUGUCGUCGUGUGUGUGUGUGUGUGUGUGUGUGUGUGUGUGUGUGUGUGUGUGUGUGUGUGUGUGUGUGUGUGUUUGUGUGUGUGUGUGUGUCGCGUCAUCGUUUUGUUCGCCCGCUCGCUCCCUAACAAUCCUCGUGUCACUGGAAUGUACGAGUAUCAGUGUUUGCGAAUCACAUACCAUAUUCUGACAGCGGCGGUGCGGCCUUGCAAAAACAAUACUUUGAAAAUACUACUGCAAAUGUCCCGCCCCGCUCAACACAAGCUGCAGGGACUCUAGUGGAGCAGUGAUAUUACUGCCGUACUUUUUGGUCCUCCUUUCUCUCGCUGAUGCAGUCCAGAGAGAGAGAGAGAGAGAGAGAGAGAUUAGAAGAAAAAGAUAAAGGACAGGAAGAGAAGGGGAGGAUGAAGAAAGAAGGGGAAGUAAGAAAAUAUAUGUAAGAAGAAUGAGAGAGAGAGAGAGAGAGAGAGAGAGAGAGAGAGAGAGAGAGAGAGAGAGAGAGAGAGAGAGCGUACACCAUGUUUUAAAAAGCGAGAAGGUUAGGUUUGCAUCACCGGCGGCACAACACCUGAGGGCGCCGCUGCUAAAGGUGACGGGAGGAUGCAGGUGGUGAUGCGACGCUCCGCUCCGCCGCUACAGUGCCUUCCAAUGACCAACGCUCGUGUGGAAGUGUAUGUGGAGAGUGAUGAACAUGAGGUGUCUUCUUUGGUAGCGGUUUGAGAAUUUAUGAUUUUUCUUUUUUUUUUUUUCAUUUUCUCAUUUCUACGUAACUAACAGCCUGACCUACUCAAUGCUGCGAUGCUCCAAGUGUUUAAUCAUGUAACUAUCCCCCGGAAAUAAUUAUCUCCUGGGAACUUACGUGGCAAAAGAGUGGCGGAGCAUCGAAAAAAUAUAAUCGUACUUUUUGUUAAGCUCCCUCUCCGAAGUUGCAGGCUCCAUCCUCGCCCACAUAAGGAGCUUUACCUGUGCUAUUGUUCCCCGGAGUAGUUGUCUGGGCGAGGAGUUCGGUGGAGCUUAAAACGGUAAAAUUAUAUACGAUGUUCUCAUUCCGUUACGAACGACGCCCGUGGUGCAGAGUGACGCAGUGUGGCAGUCUGUUAUCUAGCUACAGUAGGCUUCCUUGUUAAGCUCACACAUGUUUUUACCUUUAAGUCUGGAGGGAAAUAAAAGUGAGUUACAGUAAUGUGAA